UUGUGGGAUAUGGACGCCAUUUUAUAGAUAGUUUGACUAAUUAUCUACUAUGCUGGUUUUUAAAGAGUAAAUAAAGGGCUAUAUUUACAGAAAUAGUAAUUCUGUCACUAAAGAGAUUUGUUAUUGUUUAAUCUAGUGUAGUUUUAUAUAUAAUAUGGGUCGCAAAAAGAAGAAGCUGUCAAAGCCUUGGUGCUGGUACUGCAAUCGGGAGUUCGACGAUGAAAAAAUUCUUAUUCAACAUCAAAAAGCAAAACACUUCAAAUGUCACAUUUGCCACAAAAAAUUAUAUACUGGCCCUGGGUUAUCAAUUCAUUGUAUGCAAGUUCACAAAGAUGCAAUCGACAAAGUACCAAAUUCAUUACCGAAUAGAUCAAAUAUUGAAGUAGAAAUAUAUGGUAUGGAAGGCAUUCCGCCUGCUGAUCUUAAAGAGCAUGAGAGACAAAAAGGAAAUGGUCGAGGGUCAGACAGUGAAGAUGACGAGCCAGCAACAAAAAAGGGCAAGCCUGAAAUAACUCCGGGUCUCUUAGGCAAUGCACCACCAGGUGCCCCACCAAUAUUACCUCCACAUAUGCUACCUCAUCCUGGAAUGAUGGCACCGGGCAUGAUGCCUGGCCCACCACCACAUAUGAUGGGUCAAUUUCACCCAAUGGCACCACAUAUGAUGGGGCCGAUGGGACCUAUGGGACACAUGCCUCCAUUUAUGGCUGGACCGCCUGGGAUGCCUUCUAUAUUACCGCCACAUAUGAUGGGUCCUGGUGGGCCUAUGGCUAUGUCUACAAGGCCACUGUUUCCUGGUGUAGGGGCACCACCUCCCAGCAGUUCACCUGCUGCAGCAGCCAGUGACUCAAAACCUGCCACAUCGGCAACUACAGUUGCAAAACCUACCUUCCCUGCUUAUAGCAAUGCAGUUAUUAGUGCACCCCCCACAACAAAUAAUGCCAACCCAGUGACAACCAGUGAAUCAUCUACAAGUUGUACUAAAAAUGUAAUAACGACUUCUGGCUCAACCAGCAAAAUAAUGCACCCUUCAGAAGAUCUAUCUCUAGAAGAGCUGAGGGCCAGGUUACCUAAAUAUCAGAAAAUGAUUGAGGCAGCAAAUGCAGCGAAGGAAAAAGCGUCACCAGCUAUGUUGCCCCCACAAUCAGAGGUUAUAACACCUACAUCAUCUGCUCUAGCUCUGUCCAUUGCUCAAAAACAAAAUGAAGAUUCUUUAAACUUUGCCCUUAUGAUACAACAGCAACAACGAAUUAAACAAGCGCAGGUACAGGCGCAAGUACAAGCACAAGUGCAGGCUCAGGUCCAAGCGCAAGUGCAAGCACAAGCUCAGGCGCAUGUGCAAGCCCAAGUUCAAGCAGCCCAGGCUGCACAAAUGGCACAAGUGCAGCAGCAUGUGCAAGCUGUUCAACAGGCAGCAGCGGCCCAUCAAGCUGCGGCUGCUGCAGCUGUGGCCGUUCAGCAACAACAACAAGCACAACUUAGACCCAUUGGUGUAGCACACGUGCCGGUUGGUGGACUUCCACAGUCUGUUUUAGGCCCUCCUGUGAGUAUGGCUCUUGUUCAUGGACAGCCAAUGUUCAGGCCUACAUAUAUUGGAGGUAACCUAAACGUCAUGCGGCCGCAACUGAACCUUACACCAGGUGCACCAGGUGGUGUCUUCGCAUCAUUGCCACAUCAGGGCAUGUUAGCUGCUCCAGCAGGUCUGUUCACAGUGUUACCUGGAGGUCAGCUGCCUAUGUUAUCUAUGUUACCUCCGAGGUUCAGGUGAUCACCAGUCUGGUUGCUUCAGCACCCUUGAAGAAAACGAAGAGA